AUGUCUCCGGCCGACCAAGACACAAACCCGAUUGAGCCAUCUGUCGAGGAUGACCGCUCGAACCAUCCCGAUAAGGAGACCAAGCCCGAGUCUACGCGUGCACAGACUCAUGAAGAAGAGGAGCCUGAGGAUCCGUUUCUGAGUACGAUCCCACCCGACUCCUGGAGUCGGAUCACCUUUGAAAAGAUGGGCGGACAUCAGAUCAUUCCUUCUCGCCUUGCUAUGGGCUCUCUUCUCCAGAAUGCCUCCGCUGGCGGAGAAGAAGACCCUGAGACGGGUGUGCAUCGUCUGGAGCUGGGAACAUACGAUGGUAACGAGUGGGCUAGUACCUGGAACGAUGCCCCAGGACUCAAGAUCAACAGUGAGUGGUCGGAAGGCGAUAUGCGUACUGAGCUGGAUAUGUAUAUGAGGAGAGGAUGA